AUGCCCUCGGACAUUCGUUCUGCUCGCUCCUCCGGAAACGCUCGCAUACAUUUCUACAGUCCACAGCUGUUUCCGAACUGUCAACAUCGCGUCCAGAUUCGAAACACCUCGUACCCGCAAGUAAACCAUUUCAAGUGCCUCCUUGCCCCAUCGAGAGUUCAAACCAUAAUAGACAAGCCACUCAUCUCCCUCACCGACUUCGUCGACCAGUUCAUUGCUCUGAUGGAAGGUCUGGAUGACGAGAUACCUAGGACGACGAUACCCUAUGCCGAGAGGCGCUUCAUCCUACUUCCCCCUACUUCCUUCCAGAAAGCGCAGAGCUCGAAAUUCAUCGUUCUCGCCACGACGAAUCACGGUGGACAUUUAGGAUGCUCCGACGAUAAAGGAGAGAGAUGGUAUCAACCUCCUGUAUUCGAGUUUUUGGAUGCGAUUAUUUCGGUGAAGGUGAAGGUGAAGGUGAAGGUGAAGGUGAAGGUGAAGGUGAAGGUGAAGGUGAAGGUGAAGGUGAAGGUGAAGGUGAAGGUGAAGGUGAAGGUGAAGGUGAAGGUGAAGGUGAAGGUGAAGGUGAAGGUGAAGGUGAAGGUGAAGGUGAAGGUGAAGGUGAAGGAAAACGGAUUGGGCGGAGCUCAGGAUAGUCUUUCAGGAUAUGCAGACGGGCAGAGCCAGAUCAGGUAG